GUCAUCUCAUAAUCUGGGUGCGACAUAUUUGGAUCCUGUGUUGGAGUUGACAAAAUGGCACUGACUGAAGAUCGCAUUGAUCACUGAGGAGGAAAUAUGAAGUGCUGUUAGCGAAUUACAUGUAAAAUAAUCAAGGUUUACUUUUACUCACCAGAUUCGGAACUUGGCGUUAAAUGAACACAAAUUGCUGUUCUGCACGAUGAUCCUCCAUGACGGAAUAUCAAACGGUAACGAUGGACUAUGUCAACAUAAAAUCUAUGAUCGGGCUGCUGCGUUUUUGCAAAAUUUACCGUUGCGGCUUUUCAACAAGAUUUCGAAAGAAAACCUCGACCACAUUGGCGGUUCACCUCGGAAAAUGGUCUAUCACUAUUCCAAGAGAUUCCCUAAUAUGUGUAUGAGCUCUUCGUUUUACGACGACGUAAUGAACAUCGCAGAAAUCCACCUUAAGUAUUAUCAAACUCGAUGGUUUGAUUUUGGCCAGCUCUAUGUACAGCCAUCAAAUAAAAAUACUGGUCAUUCAUGGAGUAAACGCCCAGCAAUACAACCAUUACUGACACCAUUUACUCAAACUAUAAAUUACAAUAGUAAUAAUAUUAAUAUAAAUAAUAAUAAUAAUAGUAGUCAAAAAGAUUAUUCAAAUAAUCAAAGUGUAAAUGUCAACUUUCCUAAUAAACUAGUCACUCUUCUAGUUCCUACACCUAGCCCAGAAGAACCGACUUAUUCAUCUAAUUCACCUUUACAUUUUGAAGACACGGUUACAUCUAUAAAAACACUGCCAACAAAUAAUAAUGAUUAUAGCAAAUUGAUUGAAGAAAAUAAUAAUAAAUUACACAUCAUCGAUAAUGAUGAUGAAAUAAAAAGUUCCAGUAUUAGUUCAGAUGGUUCCAAGUCAGACUUUGCAGAUGAAAAAACUAUAUCUUAUGCUGAAGUCAUAAAACAUCCUAAACCACCUAAAGCAAAAAAAUCAACUAGAGUUCAUACAACUGAAGAAUACAAAAGAGAUGAUCCUAUUAAAUCAAAUAGAAUACCUCCAUCCAAAAAAGUAUCAAUUAAAUUACCCGAUGCUCCAUAUUUACCAAAUAACCAACACUGUGCUUUCUGUAAAAACAAUGGCGAAGAAGAAUCUGUUUACAGGACACAUUUUGUAAAAGAUGAAUUAGGAAAUGUAAAAUGCCCAUUCUUAUCAAGAUACACUUGUCCACACUGUAAAGCAACUGGAGCAAAAGCUCAUACAAUCAGCAGAUGUCCAUUAAGUAAUAAAAAUAGGUCGAACAAAUUCAAUAAACAGUGACCAGUUACAAUUUUUUUUACAUUGUUGACGUUUAAUAUAUAUAUAUUUUUAAGUAUUGUUUUAUUAAUUUAUUGUUUCUUUUAUCUAUUAGAAAAAGUCAUAAGUUUUUAUAAAUUACUUCAUUAACUUUUUUAUAAUUUAUUCCUUAAGAUUUGAUAAAAAGCAAAUUGAAAAAUGUGUGUAAAUUCGGACAAUUAUUUUUGUCAUAUA